CGCUCUCCUCACCAUUCCACCUCUCUAUCCUCUCGCUCUCCCUCCCAUUCCCUCUAUUCAAUAGAUCUUGGAGUCGAGCCUGUCUGCCGGCUCCCCAUCCCAUCACAAUGGCAGACAAAUCCACCUCAAGCACAGUAACCGCUCAAACCAACCCCCGCGGAAUCCCCGUCGCCCCCUUCGUCGACAACGUCGCCGAAUACGUCGCCUCCCGCGAAGAUGUCGAGCCCACCCUGCGCCGCUUCCAGGAGAUGAUCUCCAAAUACCAGUUCAUGGAAGUCAACGCGCAACGGCGCGCAGUUGGCCUUCGUGACAAGAUCCCCGAUAUCAAGAAGACGUUGGAGAUGGUUCGGUUUUUGAAGAUGAGGAGGGAGUCAACCGAAUCCAACCUCGACACAAGCUUCGAACUAAACGAUACCCUCUACGCCCGCGCUUCGAUCUCGCCCGCUGACACUGAGGAAGUGUACCUCUGGCUCGGCGCUAAUGUGAUGCUGGCCUAUCCCAUUGGUGAAGCAGAGGAGAUGCUACAAGAGAAACUUUCUGCGGCGCAGCUGUCGCUGUCGAAUUGUGAGGAGGAUCAGGAGUUUUUGAGGGAGCAGAUUACGACCCUGGAGGUUGCGACUGCUCGUGUGUACAACUGGGAUGUUGUGCAGCGGAGGAAAGAUAAGGCAGAUGGGAAAGGUGAUGAUAACCCUGAGAAGCCGGGUGGUUAGAUUGGUGUAUUAUAGGCGCAAAUUCAGAUCCAUUUCUUUGGUUG